GUUGUGUGCACACUGGCCGAUCGGUCGUCGUCGUCGGUACGGUGAAUUUUUGUAAAUUUUAGAAUUAAAAUAGAAAGGCAUUUGUUUAUGCCAAACGCGUAAUUGUGCGCAUUGGUUUAAGCGAAAAGCUAGAUCCCUAAGGACCCUCACACACGAACAGAUAAGAAUGUUCAACUUUAUGAAGAAAAGCGCCGGCGAUGAAGAGAAGGAACGUCGCAAGCGCGAAAAGAAACUGCGCAAAGAGGCUAAAGGUGGCAGCGGGGGUGGGGUUACUGGCAGCAUGAGCACCGAUGAACUGCUGCGUCUAGAGGAGGUGCGUCGAUCGCUCAAGAUACGGGGCCGCCGUAAGGAGAAGGAAAAACUGCCCAGCGGCAUAACAGCGGACUACAGUGCAGAUUUCUUUGCGGCCCUCAAUGCCGAUGCAGCCAGCGGCAACGCGAAUGGGAAUGGGAAUGGCAAUGGAAAUGGAAACGGCGGCCCAGAGCAGGAUCGUGGCAAUGAGGAAAUUGUAGCAUCUGUGAUGACACACAUCGAGAGUCGAAGCGCCGCCAACGAAUCUCUUAUUUUGAACUAUGGCGAGGUUACACAUUCCCUGCUCUCGGGUGGACUGAAGAAUCGAUUUUUGCCGCCGGUGCCGCCAAAGCCGCCCAAGCGUGGCAUUUUGAAGGGUUCGCGCAGCAACAUGAGCAACGUUCACGAGGAGAUUGUCUUCACCGGUGGCGGCACUCCCGAAAUGCUGAUGCGCAACACCAUGCAAAAUGAGCAGCUGUUUGAGGGCAACCGUGGCGGCGGCAGCGGUGGCUCCAAUUCCAGCCAACAUGGCACCUCGUUCACCUCCGUGGAGAGCCUGCGCAGCGACGGUGAUCAUCCGCCGCAGCAGCGCGCCAUGACCCUGCCGGCGAACGCGCGCUAUGGCGCACCACAGACGCCCACGCAGGCUGCCCAUUUGCAUGUGCUGACUUCACCGUCACCGAGUGCCGACAGUCUCACAGAUACCACAAACUCCUCCUUUGCCACGCCUCCAUUCUCGCUGAGUCCAGUGGGCGAAUCGCAGGGCAUCGAUCGCUGGGCCCGUGUGCACACCUUUGAGGAUGUGCAGCUGCCACUGCCACCGGUCCAGCUGGUGCAGCUACCGCCGCCCAGGCAGCUGGUCAUCAAACGCCAGAAAUCGCCGCGGCAUGACUUCGGAUUCAGUCUGCGCAAAGCUAUUUGCUUGGACCGCACCGAGUCGCUGAUGUCGCCCAUCUUUCGACCGGUGAUCUUUGCGGAGCCUGGUGCUGGAGGUGGCGCCACGGGCCUGCUGCCUGGCGAUCGUUUGAUCAAGGUGAAUGGCACACCCGUGGGUGAUUUAUCACGCGAGAUCAUCAUCGAGAUGAUACGCAACAGUGGCGAAGCUGUUACCGUCGAGGUGCAACCCGUAGCUGAGCUGGUGGAGUUGAGCAAGCGCUGCAUGGCGCCCAGCACGGCCACCGUUGAAGAGAUCGAUCAUUCCAUUAACAACGGCAACUGCAACACUCUCCGUCGCAGCGCCAGCAAACGCUUCAAGCGUCAGAGUCGGCACGAGAACGGUACGGGCGGCCUUUUUGGCAAAAGCGAUAGCGAUGUGGACGUAGUCGACGACGCCUCGCAGCCGGAACGUGUGUGGCUGGUGCAUCGCGGUGGCUUUACGGCAGCGCUGCGUCUGCCGCCCGGCGACACGGCGCAUGAGGAGCACAAGCUGAACGUGCGAUUGCUGCAUAAUGGCGAACAGUUGACCGUGGACGAGGAUGACAUCGAGAAGCAGAACAGCCCCGCACUGGACUUGGUUGAGGACAUCUGUGAGCUGAAGUAUCUGAACGAGGCGUCUGUGCUGCACUGCCUCCGACAGCGAUAUGCCAGCAAUCUGAUACACACCAAGGCGGGGCCCACGCUGCUCGUGGUCAAUCCCAUGGCACCGCUGUCGCUCUACUCUGAGAAGGUUGUAUCCAUGUUUCGCGGCUGCAAAACGGAGGACAUGCCGCCCCACGUCUACUCGCUAGCCCAGACCGCCUACAGGAGUUUGGUUGAAACGCGACGCGAUCAAAGUCUAAUAUUCAUGGGUCGUUCUGGUUCUGGCAAGACCACAAGCUUUAAGCAUGCGCUCAACUACUUGGCGUUGGCUGCUGGUGCAUACAAUAAUUUUAUUAAUGCGGAAAAAGUGGGUGCAUUGUGCACAAUUUUGGAAGCAUUUGGCAAUACGAGAACAUGUCUGAAUUCGAAUGCGACGCGUAUGACGCAGCUGCUCAGCUUGGAUUUCGAUCAGACCGGUCAAAUAGCAUCAGCCUCUUUGCAGGUGCUGCUGCCGGAACGACAACGUGCGGGUCGCAGGCUUUCGCACGAGCACAGCUUCCACAUUAUGACGCGGCUGUUGGCUGGCGCCGCGGGUCUGCUGCAGAAAGAGCUGCAUUUAGAGAACAUCUCGUCCGAAGACAGUCAUCCGUUUAUAUCGCUUUCGCAGCGAUUGGAAGAUCGUCAUCGGGCGGCGAAUGACUUUUUGCGUACGGUGCAGGCAUUUGAGACACUCAACAUUGAUGCCAAGGCUGUGCGGGGAAUCUGGAGUAUACUGGCAGCUAUCUAUCAUCUAGGCAUUGCGGGUAUUACUCGAAUGGGCACCGGGUCGACGGCUCGAACGCAGUUUGCGAAUCCGACAGCAGCACGGAAGGCGGCCAGUCUGUUGGGCGUCAAUCUUGAGGAUUUAUCGGCAGCUGCAUUCGGUCUUACACAGCCCACUGCAACAGGCGCCAGCUUGAGUCCCUCUAAGUCGCCCACCUCAGAUGGGGGUCAAGAGUGGGAAUGCCUUGAAGCGCUCGUCAUUGGCCUCUACUCGGAGGCACUGGCCGCUGUGGUGGCUCUGAUAAAUCGACAGAUCUGCACUUCAGCUCAUACUAUUGCUUCAAUAAUGCUGAUCGAUACACCAGGCUUCCAAAAUCCAGCCAGCUGUGGCCAACAAGUGGGCGCCACACUGGCAGAUCUGCGUCACAACUAUCUGCAGGAGCGACUCCAAAUGCUGUUUCAUCACACAACAUUGGUGGCGCCACGGGAUCGCUAUGCCCAGGAACUGGUGGAGAUCGAAAUGGAUCAUGCCUCCGAAUGUCAUCCGGGCCCGCUGAUAUCUCUGAUAGACAAGGCUCCACAGAAUCAUGUGGUGCGAUCUUCACAGCGCGAUCUGCGCGAACAUGAUCGUCGUGGCUUGCUCUGGCUAUUGGACGAAGAGGCCAUCUAUCCGAACUCGAACGACGACACAUUCCUAGAGCGUUUAUUCUCGCACUACGGUGAUCGGGAACAUCACACGUUGUUGCGCAAAUGCGCCGGACAGCGCCAGUUUGUGCUGCACCAUCUGCAGGGAACCAACCCGGUGCUCUAUUCUGUCGAUGGCUGGGUGCGAAAUAGUCGCGAGCAUCCGGGCAUACGGAACGCGGUGUCGCUGCUGCAGGACAGCAGUCGGGAAGAGAUAAAUCGUCUCUAUAUUGGCUCACUGACGCGCGGCUCUGGUGCCAUGGUCUUUUGCGGCUCGUUCGCUGGCCUGGAGGGUACACAGUCGUUGCGUCGAGUGUCCAGCAUCCGGCGUUCCUUCACUACGGCGGGCGUCAAGCGUAACUCAAUUAUGCUGCAGGUGAAGUUCACCGUGGAUGGCAUAAUUGAUACGUUGCGCCGCACGGGCACCCACUUUGUGCACUGCUAUUUGCUGCACCACAAUGCGGGAAAGCAUGCCAAGUUCACGGCGAACGGGUCGCCCAGCACGGCGCUAGCUCAAGCUGCUACCGAGGAGGAUUUGGUAAAUGUGCCACUGUUAAGGAGUCAGCUACGUGGCUCACAAGUUUUAGAGGCCGCUCGGCUGCAUCGUCUGGGCUUUCCCGAAUCUGUGCCAUUAGUGGAGUUCGUGCGUCGCUUCGGCCUGCUAGCAGCCGACUUGGCGAGCAAUAAAGAUGUUACCGUGGAGCAAAUACUCGCUGUCAAUGAACUGGACGUUGCCAGCUAUCGCAUUGGACCAAGUCAAAUUCUCUUCCGAUCGGGCGUACUCAAUGAGCUGGAAGCUAAACGAGAUGUGCUGCUAUCGGAUCGCAUCAUACAGCUGCAGGCAUUGUGUCGCGGUUAUUUGGCACGCAAGAAGAUGUCACAGCGCCGUGUACAGGAGCUGGCGGUGCGUUGUAUUCAGCGUAAUGUGAAGGCCUUUCUGGCCGUGCGGGAUUGGCCUUGGUGGCGUUUGCUGGUGCGUGUGACGCCUCUACUCAAUGUACACCGCACCGAGGAGCAGCUGAAGAUCGCCAACGAGGAGCUGAUCAUGCUGCGCGCCAAGCUGGAGAAGAUCGAGUACGAUCGCAGCGAAGUGAAGAACGAAAAUCAGAAAUUGGAAGCCAAGUUAUCCGAACUGACUGUUGAUCUGGCGGAGGAGCGCUCUACGGCUCAUAUUGCCACCGAGCGCUUGGAAGCGGAGACUGCCGAACGCCUGAAGCUCGAAAAGGAGCUCGGGGAGAGUCAGGCGAAAGUAAAGAACCUGCAGGAGAUGAGUGAGAAACUGGAAAUGGAGUUGAUAUGCGCCAAGUCCGACUUGAAUGGCAUCUCCGAGGAUGAAGAUGCCGAGCACGAAGAGGGCGCCGGUGGAGUCUACAAGCUAAAAUACGAACGCGUGGCCAGAGAACUGGAGUUCACGAAGCGCCGACUACAGACGCAACACGAGCACGAUCUGGAACAGCUGGUCGGGCUCAAAAAGCAAUUGGAGAAGAAGCUUUCCGAUGCCUACGAAGAAGUUGAGGAACAACGUCAGGUUGUGGGCCAAUGGAAACGCAAGGCUCAAAAGAUGACCAACGAGAUGAAUGAUUUGCGCAUGCUGCUCGAGGAGCAAAAUGCACGAAACAAUUUGCUGGAGAAGAAGCAGCGCAAGUUCGAUGCCGAGUGUCAAGCCCUGCAGGAUGCAGCGCGCCAGGAGCGCCAGGCCAAGGAGCGGUACGGACGCGAGAAAGAUGUGCUCCAAGCCGAGAAAUUCACGCUCGAGCAAACACUGGCGGAUACGCGUCUAGAUUUGGAGCUGAAGGAAGAGAAAUUGGCGUCGUUGCAGCGUGAGUUGGAAGAGAUGACAUUUGGUGGCGGCACCGAGGAGGAGUUCGCCCAGCUCCGACGCUCUAAGAACGAAAUGGAACGUCGUGUUAAGGAGCAGGAGGAGGAGCUAGACGAAAUGGCUGGGCAAAUACAGCUGCUGGAGCAGGCCAAGCUGCGCCUAGAGAUGACCCUAGAGACCAUGCGGAAGGAGGCGCGUCGUGAGUCGCAGCAGCGCGAUGAAGAGCUGGAGGAGGUGCGUGGCAACAGCUACAAGAAGAUCAAGGCGCUUGAGUGCCAGUUGGAGACGGAGCACGAAGAGCGCACAUUGCUGCUGCGCGAAAAGCACGAGCUAGAGCGACGGCUGUCUUCAAUGGAAGAUCGCGAUCGUGUCGAUCGAGAUGCCGAGGAGGCACUGAAUCAAAAACUGCGACGCGACUUGCGCAAGUACAAGGCAUUACUGAAGGAUGCCCAGACGCAAUUGGAGCGACAGAAGGCGGAUACUCCAGGAAAGACGCUCAUCCGACAGCUGCGCAAUCAGCUGGAAGACGCGGAAUCGGCUCGCACACUUGCCAUGAAGGCGCGACAGACAGCCGAAGCUGAGUUGGCCGAGGUGCAGGCCAUGUUCGAGGAGUCACAUAGGGCUCGCAACGAUGCCGAGGAGCGCGCCAAUGCGGCACAUCGCGACCGUGCUGAACUGCAGGCGCAGAUCGAGGAGAACGAGGAGGAGCUGAGCGAGCUUAUGAAGAAGUACAGCGCCACCGUCAAGCAGCUCAACGCGGAACAAGUCAACGUAUCCGAAUCGGAAUUUAAGCUGACUGAACUCGAAGCAGAACGCAACAAUCUCAAAGAGCAGGUGGCUGAUUUGCAGCACCGACUGGACAAUGUGGAGAAUUUGGGUGAUCCGAGCAUAGCUGUAAUGUCCAAACGAUUGGAAAUGCGCACCAAGGAGCUGGAGUCCCGCCUGGAACUAGAGCAGGCGACCCGUGCGCGUCUUGAGGUGCAAGUCAGCCGACAUAAGGAGGCGUUGGAGAAGCUCCAGAACGAAGUAACUCAGUCGAAGCUGCGUGAAAUGCAAUCACAGGAAAUGCUCAAAAAAUCCCAAAAGAGCUUGCGCGACAUGCGCGAGGAAUAUCACGCGCUGUCCAGUCGUGAGCAGGAGUCGUUGACGCGUCGCAAGGAUUUGGAAAAGAAAAUGGAAGUCAUGGAAUCCGAGGGCUUGGCACUAAAGAACGAUUUACGCCUGGCGCUGCAACGCAUCGCGGACCUACAGCAGGCCAUGGAGGAGGAGGGCGAGGAAGAGUUAAGCGAGAGUGAGGAUAGUAUGAGCUCGGUGGGCUCGGUGAGCGACUUGGAGGAGCGACUGCGACCCGUGCAUGUAAAGCGGAGCUCACAGCAGUCAUUAAACGGCCCCAUUAUCCCACCAAGCACCACACGCACGUUGAUCUGCGAAAAGGACGACAACAGCCCUAGGUACGCUGAUAACGAAGUCAACUCAAACAGCAGGCAGCACAAGCACUAAGCACCGUAGUCGCAUUAGCUCGAUAAUACUUAUGCAUAUGUAUAACUAUCACUAGUUAGUUAGCUAGCUAGCUAGCUACUUAGCUUGUAAGGUCUGUUGCUAUUUGCCGGCUUAUCUAAUUAACAUAAUUACUUCAUACAUGCAAACUACAAACUACAAACCAUGCCAACCACAUCCAAAACUGACCCGAAAUCAACAAAACAAAAUCAAACGCCGCCUCCCGCCAUCAAUGCGAUUAAACCAAAACAAAAUCAUAAAAAAAACGACACACAAAAAUC